AUGGAUACUUCUGAUGAUAAUUGUGACGAGCUCGUCGCGAUUCCGAAUCCAGACAAUUCUGGUUGUUCUAGUGAUUCCGAUUCUGAUUUUGAAUCAAACGAUCACCUUUCGAGUAUCACUUAUAAACAAGCAUCGGAAAAUUACACAGAUAAUCAAUGUAAAUUGGAAGGAGAUCACCAAUAUAAGUGGAUGGCUUCGGGGAUAAGCAAAGGGCGCAUUUACAACCAAGCACCCCAAAAAGUGAGAGGCAAGGGGACUCACUCGAAUCAAGCACCCCAAAAAGUGAGAGGCAAGGGGACUCACUCGAAUCAAGCACCCCGAAAAGUGAGAGGCAAGGGGACUCACUCGAAUCAAGCACCCCAAAAAGUGAGAGGCAAGGGGACUCACUCGAAUCAAGCACCCCAAAAAGUGAGAGGCAAGGGGACUCACUCGAAUCAAGCACCCCGAAAAGUGAGAGGCAAGGGGACUCACUCGAAUCAAGCACCCCAAAAAGUGAGAGGCAAGGGGACUCACUCGAAUCAAGCACCCCGAAAAGUGAGAGGCAAGGGGACUCACUCGAAUCAAGCACCCCAAAAAGUGAGAGGCAAGGGGACUCACUCGAAUCAAGCACCCCAAAAAGUGAGAGGCAAGGGGACUCACUCGAAUCAAGCACCCCGAAAAGUGAGAGGCAAGGGGACUCACUCGAAUCAAGCACCCCAAAAAGUGAGAGGCAAGGGGACUCACUCGAAUCAAGCACCCCGAAAAGUGAGAGGCAAGGGGACUCACUCGAAUCAAGCACCCCAAAAAGUGAGAGGCAAGGGGACUCACUCGAAUCAAGCACCCCAAAAAGUGAGAGGCAAGGGGACUCACUCGAAUUAA